UCUGUCAUUUUUGUUUGUUUGUUGUCUGCCUGUUGGUUAGACGUACCUAAUUAUUCUGGAUGAAUUCUAAUUUGAUUCAAAUAAUUAACAGGAAAAUAUAGUAACAGUAUCGCCUACGAUGUCGAACCUUUCAAUAUUGCAGCUUCCACUAGAUAUUUUAGUUAAUAUUAUGACAAAUUUGAGUUUCGCAGAUUUAAGAAAUGUAAUGCUUACAUGUAAAGCCCUUAGAGAUUUAAUUUUGGCAAAUAAUUCAAUUUGGCGGUUAAUCAGUCGAGAUUGUCGAGAAAGGCUCAUUUUACACAACAGUUCAGACAACAGUCAAACCCUCACGCUGUCCUGGUACAAUAGGUGCCGGAUUUCACACAAUUGGUGCAGAGGAAUCUAUCGCAGCAAGGUUGUCAUCUAUCACCAAAUAAAUUAUAUGCCAUGGUUGAAGUUUCAUGAAUCACAGGUUCUUUUCCUUUCUGUGGGAUCUAAUCUACAGUGCUACCCUAAUGAUAAGAAAGGUUUACCAAACUGCAAGACUACUCUGUGGAAGCUACAAGUGCCUACUGUGAAGAGAUUUGAUGUACGCACUGAUGACAUAUCCAGAUUUGUUGUUAAGAAUAAUAUUAUUGUUUGUGGAAAUAGAGAUGGCUGUGUUGCAGUGUAUAGAAUGGAGAACCCGAGGCGAAAACCAUAUUUACUUCACCAUUUGAUAGACUGCCAUGAAAACGGACAAGUGGAAGUGUCAGCUGUAGAAAUAGUAAACAGCACUCACAAACCCUGCAUAGUCACAGCUUGUGACUCCAUUGCAACACUAAGAUUCUGGAGUAUUACUCCAGAUAUAAAUGGAACUAAUGGAGUCACAAAUUCAAGAUCUGUUUGUACCAAUGAGAUCAAUCUGGGUGACAACAUAGGAGUAAGAUGUGUGGCUUUAAACAGCACAGAAAGCAAGUUAUCAAUAGGUCCAAAUGGAAAUAGCAAGCCACUUUUGUUAGAUAUUAAUACGAGCAAGUUAGUGUUGACAUUUGAAUCAACAAAGAACAUUAAACAAGCUGUGAGAGAUGUCAGGUGGCACAAUGAGAACAUCAUCACAUUUGUCACACACUCGGGUAUGCUGCAGAUGCUAGACACUCGAACAGGAAAUCUGGUCUAUGAAGCAAUUGACCCUUUUCAAUCAACACUAUACUGCGUGAAAUCAGAUGGUGUUAAUUCAAUAUUAGUUGGUUCUUCUGAAUAUUCUAGAUGCGUGCUAUUUGAUGCAAGGAACCCAGCUCAUCAUGUUCAGAUGUAUUUUACACAAAAGAAAUCUUCGCCAAUAUAUAGUUUGGACUUUGAUUCGACGAAACUAAUUGCCGCCGCGGAUCGCAGCAUAGCAGUCUUAAACUUCAACAUAAACCCAUACACUGUUGAAACGCGGGACUACUCACAUGCGUUUGAAUUUGUAAAUAGAUAAAAAUAUUACAAUACAAAUGUUAACAAAUAUAAAGAACUUUGUGGAUCAAAGUUAGAAUUUUA